AUGGCCGCCCGUGAAGGAGAGGAGAACGUUGGCACGUUCUUUGGUGACAUCCAUUACUUCUACGGUCCUCCGACGAACAACCCGCCUCAUCACAGGUUUGACAAGGGCUCCUACGUCUAUCUAUUCGAAGAUGCCAAUUUGGGACGCGCACGACUGGAGGUUGCAAACCAGCCUGGGAGAGAGGACCAAGAUGCUUUUGACGGAUACCUUGACCGAACCCAUCUCGAGUACGAUUACAAUCACACCUGUCUUGUGACUUUGACGGUUGGCGAAGUCGAUGGUCACGAAGAGUGGCAUCUCCCAACAUACGACCCUAACAACCAAGCCAAGUAUCACUACAAGCUUCAUUCGCUCGACAUCUACUUUCACAACCAACAAGAUGCGUUGCAGUUUGUCAAUGGCAUCCGGCGUGUGCUUCCUCCGCACCAAUGCGAUGUCCAUAACGAGCCAGGACCGCCUCCUCGGCACGAUACCGAAGUCAGCGCGGUAGUCCAGCAACUCGAGAGGGCGGCAAUCAGCGACCACAGUACACCCCCGACUAUUCUAUCACAACCACCGCAAGCUGGCGGAACUCUAUCUUUUGCUCCGCCGCCCAUGUCAGCAGUAUCUGCUUCCCACGAUGCUUCGACACCAGAGCCUCAAGCAUUCGUUCCCAUGGCCUACAACCCGGCUGCGCCACCUGCUGCCGAACCAGUACGAUACCGCGAGAAGACGCCUCCCCCGGAGGAUGCCGCGGUGAACCCGCUGCACCAGACUCUGGCCUACGAUGCGUCCACGCCCUUCUCACCAGGCCUGCCUCCUCCCAGCGGUCGCGGGCCUUUGAGCCCGGGCAUUCCUCCGCCAAACCUCCAGCACCCGCCUGGAGCGCCGAGCUUUGCCGCCCCUCCCCAGCACAGCGUGACCUCGCCCGGUUUCGCGCCCCAAGGAUUCGGCGCGCUUGGAGGCGGCUACCCGACAGGUCUCACCCAGCCGCCCGCGCACCCUGGCGUACAAAGAUCUAUCACUAUGCCCGCUGGACUUCCCAGUCCCGGCCUGGCCAGUCCUGGGUUUCCGUAUGGCCAGGGAUACCCACAGCAGCCUGCUUCUGUCGCUGCGGUAGGCGGCUAUGGAGCCGUGCCUCAUACUCCCACGCCACCUGGUGCUGGAUACGGGGCUGCGCCUGCGCCGAUACCGCCGUCGUUGCAGCAAGGGGCGGGUUAUACGGCGAACGUGGCUGGACAGCAAGAGUAUUCGGUUCACCAGCAGCUGUACGUUCCCGAGAAGAAAGGAAGGCUAGAAGAGGGUGCGGGCAAAUUGGAGAGGGGAGUGACGGGCAUGUUGAAGAAGUUUGAGAAGAAGUUCAUUUAA